GAUGAAUAAAAUGUUAUGCCUACUGUUGUAGAUUUACAGAUCUCCGAAGUUUGGUUCAAGACUACAAGACUACAUCUAGUUCUAGAAAUCGCGUAAAAAUAUCGAGCGCUAGUUAGAAUCUCUCUAGUAAAGGACUAAAGGUGAUCUUCUAGAUCUAGUGAGGGAGAGAUGUCAAACACAUUAUUAAUGAGGGAAGUUGUGUGAUCUGGCUUAUAAACUUGAAGAUGCCACCAUUGAAAGAGGGAUCUUGGAUAAUACCAUCUUCUACACCUCAGAAGUUGCCAUUUACAUGGAAAGCAUCCAGUCGAUUUAUUACUGCAGCAGUAGGAUUGUAUGGAAAACUAUGGCUAGCAUGGUUAAAUAAAGUUCGUGUUCACAACAAAGAGGUCCUACAUAAAGUUUUAGAUGAAAGGCCAAAAGGUCAAGGCUUGUUGACAGUCAGCAACCACAAAAGCUGCCUGGAUGAUCCUCUCAUGUGGGGUAUUUUAAAAACAAGACAGUUGAUAAACUGGGACUUGAUGAGAUGGACAUCUGCAGCUGAAGACAUUUGUUUUCGAAACCCAAUUCACGUUUUAUUUUUCUCCCUUGGCAAAGUGUUUCCAAUAGUAAGAGGAGAUGGCGUUUAUCAAAAGGGCACAGAUUUUUCUAUCGAACAACUUAAUUUAGGAAAGUGGGUUCACUUUUUUCCGGAAGGCAAAGUAAAUGUUACACAGGAGGCAAUACGAUUAAAAUGGGGGGUUGGACGCAUUAUAGCAGAAUGUGAGAAACCACCACUUGUUGUACCCAUAUGGCAUGUUGGUAUGGACUCGGUUCUUCCUAAUCGUCAGCCUUACAUUCCCCAAAUAAAACAAAAGGUAACAUUUUUAAUUGGAAAGCCUAUGGAAUUCACAAAAGAUUUGGAGUUUCUGAAGUCUGCUAAAAAAUCUCCUCAAGAGAUCCGUAAACAUAUCACAGAUAAAAUUCAAGAGGAAUUCAAAGUGUUACGGAGUGUUGCAGAAAAGCUUCAUAAUGAAUAUACUUCAUGACAGCUUACUAUUGAAUUUAUUAUCCAAAUGACAUGUAUAUCAUAAGCUAUACUUUACCAUCUAAGUUUACACUAAGUUUCCAUACCAUCCAUUUAUAUUAACUAAACAAAACAAAUUUUAAAAUGUUAAUGGAGUACUUAAUUGGACGGUGAUACAAAAGUCACUUAUACCUUGCUUGUGAAUACUUUUUAUCUGUUCCUGCAAUGUAAAUUCAGUGCAUAUUUCAUUGCACACUUUAUUUAGUAAAUAUCAGUGUUCUAUUAUUUAAGAUGCUGAAUUGACUCAAAACUUUAUUAAAGAAUUUUUGUUUAGCUCAUAUCUGUGGUAACAUAGUAUUAGAUUAGCUCCCUUACUUUAAAAAGUUUACUUGGUUUGUUUAUUAAAGCCUGCAUUAAAAACUUGAAAA